AUGUACCGUUCGGGACACGUGUCGCGAGAGAACGCGCCGGGCGUUGGGCCGCCGGCGGCGGCGCCCGUGCAGCCGCUGGGCGGCGGCGACGACCCCAAGAAGCAGAAGGAGGCGGUGAAGGAGGAGAAGGACAAAGAGAAGGAGAAGGCGUCGGAGGGCGCGGGCGCGCCGGCCGGCAGCGUGGCGCUGGCGCGGGUGGCCGCGCGCUGGGGCGGCGCCGCCUCCGACACCCUGCGCGACGUGAGCGUGCGCGUGGUCCCCGGCCGCCUCUGCGCCGUCAUCGGGCCCGUCGGCUCCGGCAAGGUCAGUGCGCUGGCGCGCUCCGUCUGCAGCUUGAAUAGUGUGAAGCGAGAUCCUUUUUCUCCCGAAGCGUAUGCGCCUGCCGAGACAAGCGCGCAGUCGUUUCGGGGGCGGCGCGUGAAGGGCGGCGUGCGUGUGUGCCGGCAGAGCUCGCUGCUGCACGCGCUGCUGGGGGAGCUGCCGCUGCGGGAGGGGGCGGCGGCGGUGGGCGGGCGCGUGGCGUACGCCUCGCAGGAGCCCUGGAUCUUCGUGGGGUCGGUGCGCCAGAACAUCCUGUUCGGCCGGCCCUACUGCCCCGAGCGCUACCGCGAGGUGGUGCGCGUGUGCGCCCUCAAGCGCGACUUCGAGCUGCUGCCCUACGGCGACCGCACGCUCGUCGGCGAGAAGGGCGUCUCGCUCAGCGGCGGCCAGCGCGCGCGCAUCAACCUUGCCAGAGCUGUGUACCAAAGUGCUGAUGUGUAUCUUCUGGACGACCCUCUCUCCGCUGUCGACACGCACGUCGGCAAGCAACUGUUUGACGAAUGUAUCACCAGCUACCUCGGUGGCAAGACGCGCAUCCUUGUAACUCACCAACUGCAGUACUUGCAAAAUGCUGAUCAUAUUGUCAUGUUCAACAACGUAAAUCCGCCUCUAGACGACGACGAGGAGGAGGAGGACGCCGACCCGGCGGCGACGCCCUUCGAGCGCGCCGUGCGCAUGUCGCAGCGCCGUGCCUCCCAGCGCCAGGCCGCCGCGCAGCGCCGCGCCUCCACCCUCUCCAACGGGAGCCGCGCGGGCGGCGACGAGGACGAGGCGGCGGCGCUGCAACGCGGCCCCGUGGAGAACCGCGAGCAGCGCAUCAAGGGCGCCAUCAGCUGGAGCGCCUACUGGCAGUACGUGCGCGCGGGCGGCAGCGCGCCCUUCCUGCUCUUCGUGGCGUCGGCCUUCAUCGUGGCGCAGGUCGCCACCUCGGGCGCCGACUACUGGGUCACCUUCUGGACGCGCGAGGAAGGGCAGCGCCGCAUGCUGCGCGAGCACCGCAAGCUGAUCGCCACCAACUGGACGGACACCACCCCGGCGCCGCCGCCGGCGCCGCUCUUCACCACCACGGCGUCGCUCUACAUCUACGGCGCCGUGGUGCUGGGCUGCGUGCUGCUCACCAUCGCGCGCUCCAUGCUCUUCUACAAGAUGUGCAUGAACGCGUCGAUGCGCCUGCACGACACCAUGUUCGCGGCUAUUCUGCGCGGCGCCAUGCGCUUCUUCGACACCAACCCGUCCGGCCGCAUCCUCAACCGCUUCUCCAAGGACGUGGGCGCCAUCGACGAGCUGCUGCCGCGCGCGCUGCUCGAGGCCGUGCAGAUUUUCAUGGUCGGUUCAGGCAUCUUGACAAUGGUAUUGCUUGUAAACUACUGGUUAUUGCUACCCAUGUUGGUGAUUGGCACAUUCUUCUACCUCAUCUCUGUUGUAUUUUUGGCUACUGCAAGAAACGUUAAACGUCUUGAAGGCGUCACGCGCAGUCCUGUAUUCUCCCAUCUGUCAGACUCUCUGUCCGGUUUGGUGACUAUCCGUGCAUCCGGGCAACAGGAAGUGGUGCGCAAGGAAUUCGAUUGUCAUCAGGAUCUUCACACAUCAGCGUGGUUCCAGUUCGUGGCAACUGGCACUGCCUUCGGUUUCUGGCUUGAUAUCCUCAGUGCCAUCUUCGUCACUUUGGUGACUUUCUCCUUCCUGGUGCUUGGCGGUGAUAUGCUUGGCGCCAACGUGGGUUUGGCCAUCUCGCAGUCCCUUAUCCUAACUGUGAUGUUGCAACACGGCAUCCUGCAGAUCACAGAGGUGGUCUCUCAGAUGACAUCGGUGGAGCGCGUGCUGGAGUACACCAACGUGGAACAGGAGCCUCCCCUCGAGUCGGAUCCCAGCGAGAAGCCGUCCGACGCGUGGCCCGAGCGCGGCCGCAUCGAGUUCGAGCGCGUGUCGCUCACCUACAGCGAGGGGGAGCCGCCCGUGCUGCGCGACGUCGCCUUCUCCAUCGAGCCCCGCCACAAGGUGGGCGUGGUGGGGCGCACGGGCGCGGGCAAGUCGUCGCUGAUGGCGGCGCUGUUCCGCCUGGCGUUCAAGCGCGACGGGCGCGUGCUGAUCGACGGCGUGGACACGGGCGUGAUCGGCCUGCACGACCUGCGCCGCCGCAUCUCCAUCAUCCCGCAGGAGCCCGUGCUCUUCUCGGCCACGGUGCGCCAGAACCUCGACCCCUUCGGCGAGUUCCCCGACGACGCGCUCUGGAGCGCCCUCGACGAGGUGGAGCUGAAGGACGCGGUGGACACGCUGGAGAUGCGUGUUGCGGAGGGCGGCGCCAACUUCAGCGUGGGCCAGCGCCAACUGGUGUGCCUGGCGCGCGCCAUCCUGCGCAACAACCGCAUCCUGGUGCUGGACGAAGCCACGGCUAACGUCGACCCACAAACGGACGCCCUCAUCCAGACCACCAUCCGGCGCAAGUUCGCCCACUGCACCGUGUUGACCAUCGCCCACCGCCUGCACACCAUCAUGGACUCGGACCGCGUGCUGGUGAUGGACGCGGGCACCGUCGCCGAGUUCGACCACCCGUGGCGCCUGCUGCAGCGGCCCAACGGCGUCUUCUCCAAACUGGUCAAGGAGACCGGCCCCCUGGCGUCCGUGCUGGCACGCGCCGCACACCAGGAGUACCUGAAGACGCACCCUGGCGAGGCGGUGCCCGCCCUGCUCGAGGAGGGCGGCGAGACGACGCGGCUGUGAGCGCGCCAGGCGGCGCCUCCCCACGAGCGCUGCGCACGAAUACUCUUUCGCAAGUUCCGCCCGCCGACAGCAUUCCUUGUUCGCACCCCUCUCCCUUCCUCCCUCCCCGAAGAAAGGCCGCAGCCGGACGCGACCAGCGCCGCUCGGUGGUGACGCAACCAACUACCCGUCGCUCCCGCUACGCCGAGAAGCCUGCUGAGAACUCCCUUUCGUUGUCUCGAAGACCACUUCCGACGUCUUGGAACUUUUCAUUUGCAACGGACCAGGGCCGCGAGGAAAUGUUGAUUUGUUUACGUCCAAGACGUAUCAUAUUUUAAACCGAAGAUUGAAUUGCUGUUCGAAAUGGGUACUUUCUCUUUUACCCUUUACUGCGACUUGCUACAUUGUAGUUAUCUUUAAUCAAUCAAAGUUAAAAUUCGAACUUUUGUAUUACAUACGUCAGUAUUCAUCAAUAUAUCGAAGAAUAUGUGGCAUUACAAAUGAUUGCUUCUGUAUUAGAAAGUAAUUUCGUGUGAAGAGAUUUACUGGAAUAUAUGUUACAUAUAAGAUGCAAUAUUAAUUUCAAUUAUUAUAAUAACUUCUAUGCAAUACAAGGACAUGCAGAGGCCGCAAAUGGGCUCUAAAAUGUAGUAAAUAUGAGAAACGUUGAAACUAGAGAUUCUGGAAUGAAUGUUUCAUAAAAUGAGCAAUAGAAAAGAGCACUAGAAAAAGUGUAAAAGAGUUUUUGAAUACAUUUGAUAAGCAUAUUCUUUUUGUAAAUACACAGUAUUUUAUAAAACGUCUCGUUACGGGAGAUGAUGUACAAAUGUAACACAUCUGUAUCUGGUGGCAGGUUACAAGAUUAUUACAUUAUCACCAUGCAUUUGAUGAUUUAUUAAACUUCGACUCUUGAAAGGAAUGUAGUAGAAUGUUUCAACACGCACACAAGUCAUCAAAGCCACCUUCAUUUGAAUUAUUUAAAAAUAAUUUAAAGUGAGAAAAAAAAGAAAAAAAAGUCUUUGAAAGUUUGUGCUCUUUAUGUUCAUCUCAGUUGAUAUUAGGGAUGGUUAUGUUUUUAAUUUAAAGCUGCUAUCAGGUUUUAUAUAUGUAAUAAUUGGUAAACGAUUAAUAAUUGUUGUGUCUGUUUUGUAACACUUUUUAUACAGAAGAUCACUUUAUUGUAUAUAGUCUGUGAGUGAACAUGAUUCUAGAAAAAAAUGUUAAUAAAUAAGAAGUUCUCUUUGAUUGAUAUAUUGCACUUUUAAAUUAUCUUAAGUUAUGAAUAUUUAAUGAAGUGCAUUCUAAAUCAACUGCUGAAGUACAUUGAAUCCUUAUUGCAUUGCUUGUGUACUUUUGAGAGCAGCAGUGCCAUUGAAUUAUUACUUCCAAAGUGAUAAUAAAUUUGUUCUCUUAAAUAAA